CCCGGUCACGCGCGUCAUUCCGUCGCCCGGCUCGACACGCACAGCACCGUUCGCGCUCCGCACCGAUCACCGGUAAACCGUCACCGACUCCUCCGCGCGCGUCCCCGUCCCGCGACCCGACACAGGUGCCCCGCUCAGUUCGCAGUCGCCGUUCCGGUCGUAUUAUGUGAACAGGUCCACCCGCGGUUCGCCCACGCCCGUGUUCUCGCACUCAACCGUCCGUCCGCGCGCCGAUCCCUCUCGAACGUUUCGCCCGUGCCCGACAGGGUAUUUCUCCGCUCCCCAAAGCCGUUCUCGAAACCGCCCACCGACCGACCAUGUCCCGGUUCCCGUCGCACGCGCUCCCGGCGCUGGCGCUGGCGGUGCUGCUGCUGGCCGGCUCCGUACGCCCGUCCUCGGUGGACGACAACACCGUGGACGACGAGCCGAACCCGUUCCUGGAGGCGGCCAAAUCGCUGCUGCAGGACUCGCUGGCCGCCAACGGCCAACAAGCCGGCGGCCUGGGCGCCGUGCUCCAGACGUUCAUGCAGACGGACGGCGCCAAGUCCGGGCUGGGCUCGAUCGUGUCCGGACUGGCGGCCGCCAAGGGGUCCAUGGACCCGCAGAUGAUCGGUCAGAUCGUCGGCAUGCUGGCCGGCGGCGCGGCCGACAAAUCCUCGUCCAACGGCGACAACGGCUCCGGCGGCGUGGACUGGAGCUCCAUGAUCGACUUGGCUUCCGGGUUCAUGUCGUCCACCGGCGGCGCGGGCGGCCAGGGAUCGUCGAUCGAGGGAUUCAUGAACGUGCUGCCGGCGCUAGUGAACGCGUUCAGCGGCGGCCACGAGCACUCGGACGACCCGGAGGUGGAAGACACCGAGGAGCACGAGCGCCACGCCCGCGCGUCCACGUUCCUGCCGCCGUUCCUGAGCAGCGCGUACGUGUACUGGGAGCACUUCAAGAACAGCGAGCUGGGCACCACGCUGUGGCGGAACAGCGGGCUGGGCAGCAUCAUGCAGCUGUUCGUCGACAGGAACGGUUAUUUCCAGGUGGACAAGAUAUUCGAGUCGAUGGAGAACGCACCGUUCAGGCGCCGGUGGGUGAGGAGCCUGACCAGUUUCGUCGCCGAGUGGAUCAAACACGUGUCCGACCCGAACACGCAGUCCAGAUACUUGUCGACGACGCAGUUUAUCAUGAACGGGUUCUUGAAAUCCCAAGGUUACUCCAAAGCGGCCCAGUUCGACCCGGCCAGACCCUCGGAAUCGUUGAGUUUCCUGUUCGACGCGGUGGCCAAGAGACAGUUCGGACUGAAGAUCAAUUCCGCCACGUACAUCAAACCCGCGAUCGCAUACCUACAGGAAGUUUUCCGAUUGGGCCAAAGCAAAGGACUGAGCUUGCAACAUUUAACGUCCAAGGAAAUCGAAGAGAAACUAUCGGAACUGCUGAACCACGAGAUCAUCGACCCCGUGCUUAGGGUGUGGAGAGUGUACAAGUUCGUUUUGAAAAAACCGGAAUGCGAUCGUUACCUGGUGUGCAGUAUCAACCGCAAAGGCCAAUAUCCGGAUAGCAAAACCGGACUCAAGCCAGGCGUUACCAAACUGUCCAGUCUGAUCGCUUCUUGGUUCCUGUCCGGCCGGACCUACACGCCAUACUGGAAGCUUUACAACGCGGCCACCGAAGACCACAACUGUUCGACCAAAUAUCCAGCGUCCUGCCAGGAGUUCCACGAAGAAGAUCUAAGAGCUACCACCGAAUAUUUCCAUAACGAACUUUAACGCGUUGCAAGACGGUCGUACAUCACUGCGGAUACAACUUUAAAGGCUGUCUCAUUGAUUCCGAUUUCCGAACAAUUUUAAUUACAUGUAUCUUAACUCCGAACGGGGUGCACAUUAGGUCACUCGGGUACUUAAGCUUAGUUUAAGCCACCGUUGAUACAUUACCUUUAUUUUGUUUAUCAUUUCGCUAUGUAUACAAAAUCAUACAUACAUAUAUAGUAUAUAUAUUAAAAUAUGUUAACUAUAUUAUAUUUAAUAUAAAAUUACUAUCCGUUAUAAUUUAAUUUUAAUUUUGCACGGCAACCGCAUUUUAUACGAAUAGUCUUGCUCGACAAUUAUCAUCAUCAUUUAAAAUCCUAUGAACAAAUGGACCGCGGAAAGGCUCGCAGAAUACCGUAAAAUAAUUUCAUAUCACGGACACGCACUAUUUACUGCAUGAAUAUUUAUACCUAUAUCGAACACACGUAGAACAUCUGCAAUGCACUCGUGCGUUUUAUUCGAUACCAGUCCGAUGAUUGUUCGCAAAAUUUCAAAAAUCGAGCAACAACAUCUAUUUGUACAACAUACCCGGGACGAUUUUUAACAUUUGAUUUAACGUUUCAAACAAGAUCGUCGAUCAUAGUUCGUAAAUCUUGUUACGGUCCGAACACAAUCAUAUAUUUUUUAGAUGAAACUUCAAGCGCUUGUCGUUGGAAGGACUACAACUUGCAGCAAAAUGUUUAAAAGAAAAAUUAUAUUUAUAUAUUUUACGCGCGUGACUAAUCGUUUUGAAUUCGAUAACUCGGAUAAGUAUCGAUUGGUAGGUCGUACGUUUAAAAUCCCAACGUACGUCUUCGUGAAACAUCAGAAUAAACACAAUAUUCUCGUUGAUAAUCGACAUUGUUUUGAUGUUUCACGUGGCCCGACGGUUAACUUCGAAAAUGUUAACGAACGCAUUUAUAUUUUCAUUAUAAAACACCCAUCUCGUUAGUAACGUAUAAAUAUUAUAUUAGGUUACAGGUAGUACAUUUGAAAUUUUAGUAUAAGUAACAUGUAUAGUAACACUGUUAUAAACAAAAUCAUCCACUUAAACAUUAGUAUACAAUUAUCUAUAUUAUAAUAUGGUACAUGUUUAAGAAACAUUUCGGUUGUAAAAUAUAAAAUAUCGUACUCAUUUUUACAAUAGGUAUUAGGUACCAACGUGUAAGAAACUAGAGAUCGCCCGGACCGGUGCGAAAACAAUCGUCUGAUAUGAUAUUACUUCUUUUUUACAUUUUGACUGAUCCAU